AUGACUACAGAAUUUGAGAUAGAUAUUGUUUGGAAGAAGAUAGCUGCAGGAAUAAUACAUGCUGCUAAUAAGAAUAUUCCUAGAAAAAAGGCUUCUAAAAUAAUUAACGCAAGAAGAGAAA